AUGGCUAAGAGAACAGCUACGGUUGCUUUCGACGAACCUAAAACGAAGGUAAUCGAUGGAAAAAAACAUUCCCUUGAUUCUGAUGAAGAGGAUAGUGCCGCUGAAGAAGAAAAACAAAAUGUUUUAAAUGCCGACGACAUUGAAGGUGAAGAAGAAGGUAUUGCUGGAAUGGAAGGUGAAAUUACAAUAACACCAUUUAAUAUGAAAGAAGAGUUGGAAGAAGGACAUUUUGAUACACAAGGCCACUACCAUUGGAAAAAGGAGAAGGAGAUUCGGGAUGGUUGGCUAGAUAAUAUAGAUUGGGUCAAAGUAAAAGGGCGGCCAGAAGAUAAGUAUAAAGUCCAUAAAGAUGAUGAAAUGAAAGGUAUCCUCGAUGACAGUGAUAGUGAAGAUGAAGAACCAGAAGAGAAAUUUGAUCUUAUAUCUAAUUAUAAAGAAAUAUUACAGCAUAUGAAGCCUAAAGAGACCAUAGCAAAAAGUUUACAGAGACUAGGGGCUGCUUCAAAAAUUUCUAGUGCAGACCGGUGGAAAAGAAAAAAGCAAGGAAUAGUUGAUGAGGGCAGUAAAGUUGUUACAAGAGUAACUGAGUUGGCAAAUCAAAUUCUUACUAAAACUGGUAAUAUGGAUAUUUACCAGGAGACAUAUGAAAAAAUUACAAAUACUAUUUCAAAAUCUGAUAAGAAAAACCAAGAUGCAGAAUUAGAUAUGUAUGCAGAUGACUUCGACCAGAAAGAAAAGCAAACUUUGGGCCAAGAGAAUGAAACAAAAGCUGAAAGUGAAAAUGAAGAUUCUAAUGAGGUAAAAUGGGAAUUUAAAUGGAGCCAAGACAAUAAUGCUGAAAUAUCUGGACCUCAUUCUACAAGUCAAAUGAAUAAAUGGGCAAAUGAGGGUCACUUCAAAUCAGGUGUUUGGGUCAGGAAGCAUGGAGAAGACUCACAAUUCUACAGCUCCAGUAGAAUUGAUUUUGAAAUAUAUAUGUAA